CUCUACAAAAGCAUACUAGCCAACUAUUUAUUCUCGAAUUCACUGCACAUACCCAUCCAUCAUAAUGAAGUUCUUCGCCUCCAUGAUCCUCUUCGCCGUCUCGGCCCUUGCCCAGAAUGCCAUGAUCGGCCUCCCUUCCACAGGCCAGAAGGUCACUGCCGGUGAUCAGAUUGUUGUCCAAGUCCAGCGUCCCAACUCCCUUACAGGCUCCAAGGAGAUGGCAGUCGCAAUUGGCUUCUCCUCAUGCGCAUCUUCGCCCUGCCACACCCCAGAGGAAGUUAUGGGAACAAUCCUCUAUAACGGGCCCUUCGAUCCCGUAUACCACGAGAGCAGCCAGCCCCCCUAUGAGAACUUCACUGUCACAGUGCCCCAGUCAGCUGCCAAAGGAACGGGACAGAUUAAUGUUGCUCACGCUACUUUGAUUGGUGCUGGUCCUUUCCCCUACCUGGAGACUCUUAACAAGACCGUCACCGUUGCAUAAGCGUGGCACUUUGCUAUAAAUGAAGUUUGCAAAGAGCAAGCUUGGUAAAUUUCUCUCUCAUUUAUUUUGUAUAUAGCUUUGGUUUGCGGCUUUGUUCUUUUUGGAAAUCUUUAAGUGUGAUUAUAAGUUUUAUGGAAGGGUGGGAUGUUAUAACUGGAGCGUCAAUACAAUCUCCACGUGUCAAGACCAUCUAUCGGGGAGCGCUUUUAUCAUCGAUGGUGUUACGCUUCCUUUCCUAAGCCCUAAGCCUAAGAUCUAUCGUAUACUGGACGCAGCCUGAAAGUUGACCUAGUCCCCAUACUGCCCUUGAUAAAG